CAACAGGUGUAAGGAAACGUGUCGAAAUGUUUUCACCCGUCGGGAAUCGAACCCGGGCCCUCCGUGUGUGAAGCGGGAGCUUUAGCCACCAGGCCACCGGGCCAAGCUGUGGACUUCUGCGCUAGCCUUCUUUGAGUGUGGACGUCUCUCUCUCGCCUGAGUAUCAGUGACAAAUUUCCACCGUUCUCACUGGGACGCUUGUCCUCAUCUAUUUUGGUCGUCGGGCACUCGACAGGAGGGACACUUGUACAUCGGCUUUCUUUUAGCCAGCUCCAUAUUUUCCGCUCUGCGGAAAAUUCUUUAUCGGUCUUGGGUGGGAAGCCGGUUACUGAACUCAGGUGGGAGUGUGGGCGUCCCUCUCUGCUGCGGCUUGGCAAGGUGGUCCACCAAAUCUAAUUGGAAACUUCAAGUUUCUAUCUCUAUUUACAAAGGAACUUUUGUUCCUUUUCUCUCAUCGCCCAACCUUGGGCAACAAUUUUUCCUCGUACCAUCGAGAAACCAGUCUCGAUACUGCAUAAGCUGUCAGUGGCCCUGAUAAACCCAACAACAAGAAGAAGAAGGUUAAGACAAUAUGAUAAAAUUUUGUUCUUAUUUUUAACCCCGGAGGGUUAGCCACCCAGGAUAACCCAAGAAAGUCUGUAUACCACAUUUGAAGCAGUUUCAUCAGGCAGUUUGAUGGGGAAAGCAGCUGUCAGGUGUUAUCUGAUGCUCGAGUGUCCCAUCAAAGUCAACCUCUCGCAUGUACAAGCUAGAUGGGAUUUAUGAAGAAAUUGCAUGUUAAGUUUGAUCUCAUUACAGUCUGCAAUGUCCUUUCGGGAAAUAAGAAAUCUUGUGGAGCACUUAAGGGUUCUCGGUUUUCCACGGAUGGUAUCCUUGGAAAACUUUUCCUUGCCCAACUUUCAGUUGGUUAGUGAAAUUCUUGCCUGGGCAGUGACAACUGUGGACAGUGACCAUGACCUCAACAUCAACAUUGAAUCUGAACAUGACCGUGUUAUCAUGGUCCGCUUUGCUGCUAUGUUUUUUUAUACUAAAUUAGGAGUGCACUUAAACACCCUAAAGCUGUACGCUGCAGACAAGUUGGCAGUUCGUGAGCUGUUAAAGAUUACCACAUGUGUGUACAAGGCUGCAGAGUCUGCCUUACUCUCCACACCUGAUGACCACCACCACUGUCUUCCUCAGGAAUCUUCACCAGUAGUGUCAGUAAAGGAGCUGCGUGAAGUACGCCAGCUUGCAUCUAGUAUUAUUAUGGAUGCUGCCUCUCUGUGUGACAGCCUGAAGCAAGAUGAAGAUAAUAAGAUGAAGCGUCUGAGUGCACUAGAUAAGGCAUUUGAUCUGGACUCUCUGGAAGCAUCUGUCAUUGCUGCUCUGCAUGCUCUGGCUUCCACUGUGGCAGACAUCAAGGAGGCUUCUCAAGCUCUUGUCAAGGAGGGAGAAGAGAUUGUGGAAAAAAUUAGGAAGAAGAGGGAAUCGUUAACAAGGAAUGAGAAGAGACUGGAAACCCUACUGAAAAUUAAGCCAGCAUGGCAAACUGAAUUUGAAGAAGAGGAGGCAGAGCUGCGUGCAGUAUGGGAUGAAUAUAUAACCAAGCAUAAAAGCUUGGCAUAUCUGGAAGAAGAGUUGCAGCAGUUAGAAAAGCGCCCCAACCACCAUGUAGACACACAACUGGAUAUGACAUCUGGGAGGAGCAGGGAUGGAGCCGUUGCUUGGGCCUCAAUCUCCGGAAUAAUCAAGCUCAGUACCCAAGAAGCCACUGAAGCAAGCCAUCGUAUUUUUGGAAAUAUGACUGGAGAAAGCUUUGAGUCAUCGGGUGACUCGGACACAGUUGACUCCCUUUUGGUUGACUCUGGAAGUGAAGAUGACAGCUUAACAUUUAUGUCAGCAGCUGGAACAUCAGGGCCAUCAUUAAAACAGUGCUCAGUAGUAUCUGAAGGAGCAUCAAUAAUAGCCACAGUUCCAGGACUACAAGCUACUGCCUAUUCUCUACCUUUUAAGCCCAUGUCUUCUAGGUCAUGCAUUCGUCCUCCUUCAGCUCGAUUAAAAUCUAGCCAAAAAGGAAUAAGGGUGAGCAGCUUGACAGCUUGGACAAGCGUGAAAGGAAGUGACCGUGUAUCUCCUUUGUCAGCAUCAGAGGACAACAGUGAUGAUGCUUUUUAAGUCUAGACUUGCCAUGAUCAAACAUUUGUGUACAAACAAAUUACUGGUGUAAUUUGCUGCAUAUUUUAAGUUUUACUAUGAAAGAAGUGAUGGUAUUGAAUCAUUUCAAAUUGAGUAGAGUAUAUUAAAAUGGAUCUUCCUUAUGUAACAAAGAUGUUAAGUGUUCUUGCAAGUAAACUAUUGUUUGUAUUUUUUUAAUCAAAAUAAUUUCUUGUCAUUAGAUAUAAAGAGUAAAUAAAAGUAAAUUUUCAGAUAUAUUUCGGAAACCAUAAUGCACUCGCAUCUAUAUUUGAAAUAUAUUUUUACAUAUGUUCAAAUGAAGUUAUUAAAAUUGUAAACAAUGUAUGAUAGUGAAUAGUUUAAAGAUUUACAUUGCAGCUGAAGGAUUAUUAUGAUUAGGCUCUAAAUUCAUAGGGAUCAUACAGUGCCUCAGGAAUGGGAGGUACCAUAAUAAGGUUUGAUCCUAGGAACGGAAGAGUAACUCAAAUCAAUCAAUACUGUACCAUCAAAGCACCUUCCAUAAAGGACAGAAUACAGGGAGUAAGAUACUGAUAAGGUUAUUGAGCAGAUAUUGUUAAGACAUUAUUAUUAUUACCAUAAUCUUGGAGAAGUGCUAAACCCUGCUGUCACUAAAUGACAGCAGGGUAGAGAAUGCAAAAAAAAAUUUUCAUUCCAUCGGAAGGCCAUACAGACCAACUGACAGGGUGACCCAAAAAGAAAGAAAAAUACUUUCAUCAUUCAACACUUUCACCAUCACUCAUACAUAAUCACUGUCUUUGCAGAGGCACCCAGGUACGACAGUUCAGAAGUCCCUCCAAACUGCCAGUAUCCCAAACCCCUCCUUUAAAGUGCAGGCAUUGUACUUCCCAUUUCCAGGACUCGAGUCCGGCUAACCUGUUUCCUUGAAUCCCUUCACAAAAUAUUACCCUGCUCAUGCUCCAACAGCUCAUCAGGUUCUAAAAAUCCUUUGUCUCCAUUCACUCCUAUCUAACAUGCUCAUGCAUGAUUGCUGGAAGUCCAAGCCCCUCGCCCACAACACCUUUACCCCCUCCCUCCAACCUUUUCGGGGCUGACCCCUACCCCUUCCACUACAAAUUUAUACGCUUUCCAAGUCAUUCCACUUUGUUCCAUUUUCUCUAAAUGACCAAACCAUCUCAACAGCCCCUCUUCAGCCCUCUGACUAAUACUUUUAGUAACUCCACACUUCCUCCUAAUUUCCACACUACUAAUUCUCUGCAUAAUAUUUACACCACACACAUCACACUUAGACACAUCUCCACUGCCUCCAGCCGCCUUCUCACUGCAGCAUUUAUAACCCAUACUUCACACCCACAUAAUAGUGUUGGUACCACUGUACUCUUGUACAUUCCCUUCUUUGCCUCCAUGGAUAAUGUUUUUUUUUGUCUCUACAGAUACCUCAAUGCACCACACACCUUUUUUCCUUCAUCAAUUCUAUGGUUAACCUUAUCCUUCAUAAACCCAUCCACUGACAAGUCAUCUCCCAAAUAUCUGAAAACAUUCACUUCUUCCAUAUUCCCUCCCUCCCAUGUGAUAUCCAAUUUUUCAUAAUCUAAAUUGUUUGAUACCCUGAUUAUUUUACUUUUAUCUAUGUUCACUUCAAGUUUCUACCUCUACACACCCUCCCAAACUUGCCCACUAACCUUUGUAACUUUUCUUUAGAAUCCCCCAAAAGCACAGUAUCAUCAGCAAAAAAGGAACUGUUUCAACUCCCAUUUUGUAUUUGAUUCUCCAUAAUUUAAUCCCAUCUCUCUCCCUAACCCCCUAGCAAUUACUUUUUACAAUCCCAUUUAUAAAUAUGUUAAACAACCAUGGUGACAUUACACAUCCCUGUCUAAGACCUACUUUUACUGGGAAGUAAUCUCUCUCUCCUACACAUAUAACAUCACAUCUAAACUGUGUCCAGCCUCCUUGCUGCAGUAAAGUCCUAUUUAAUCCCUUCAGGGUCCAAAGCCAAAAUCUGAAGUGGUGCUCCAGUGUCCAAGAAAUUUUGAAAAAAAAAAAAAAAUUAUUUUUUCUUACAGAAUUAAAGAGUAUAUUUUUGUGAAGGUAAUAAGAAUUUUUUUUUUUCUGAUCAGUACUUACCGAGAUACAGCGGCGGGAUGUUGACCCAAAAUGACCGGGUGUCAGCAAUAUCAGUGACUUCCGCAAAAUCCCAUUUUUUUAUUUUACGUUUUUUAUACUUCUUUCUAUUCUUUUCUAAAUUUUUUCUUUUUCUAAUAACAUUUGUGGCCUGUGAGACCAGUAUAAUGUAUAUUGUAUAAGUGUACACUCAUUGUAUUAAACACAAUAACUGCACUAAUUUGUUUAUCAUUAUAUUACAAAACUUGUUUACAAGUUUAUUGUAAACAAAAUGAUGAAAAUAUUAGUGCGGUUAUUGUGUUGAAUACAACGGUACCAUAUGGUACAAUGACACUGAUACAAUAGUACCAUAUGGUACAAUGGCACAUGAUACAAUGGUACCAUGAUACAGUGGCACCAUUUGGUACAAUGGUACCAUAUGAUACAACAGUACCAUAUGGUGCAAUGGUACCUUAUGGUACCAUAUGGUGUAAUGGUACCAUAUGAUGCAAUGGUAAGAUAUGGUACAUUGUACCAUACAGUACAAUGAUACCAUAUUGCAAUUGUACCAUAUGGUACAAUGCAAUAUGAUGUAAUGGUACCAUACAGUACAAUACCAUAUUGCAAUUGUACAAUAUGGUACAAUGGCACAUGAUACAAUGGUACCAUAUGGUACAAUAUGGUACAAUGGCACAUGAUACAAUGGUACCAUAUGGUACAAUGGCACCAUUUGGUACAAUGGCACCAUUUGGUACAAUGGUACCAUAUGGUGCAAUGGUGCCUUAUGGUACCAUAUGAUGCAAUGGUACCAUAUGGUACAUUGUACCAUACAGUACAUUGAUAUCAUAUGGUACUGUUGUAUUCAACACAAUAAACACACUAAUAUUUUCAUUAUUUUGUUUAAAAUAGUUGUUUACAACAAAAAUAUGCAAAAAUGUUACAUAUUAGUAAUGUUCUAUUAUACAUUUACAAGUGUACAGGAACCUGACGUGUUCCUUGAGGUGGAUGACAAAGCACUUUGUCUGGGAAACUGUGGAGUCAGUAGCUAGCUUGAGUCACCACUCACUCAGUCUUGGCUGGUGUCUCAUGCCACCAACACCUAUUGACCAUAUGGUACACGGUAUCAUAUGUUACAGGGUACCAUAUGGUACAUUGUACUAUAUGGUAUAGGGUACCAUGCAGUACAGGAUAACAUAUGGUGCAGGGUGCCAUAUGGUACAGGGUACCAUAUGGUACAGGGUUACCAUAAGGCACAGGGUGCCAUAUGGUACAGAGUACCAUACAGUACAGAACACCAUAUGGUACAGAUACAGGGAUAACUAUGGAAAUAAGUCACCUUGACUUUUUUGGGUUAUCCUAGGAUUUUAUACGUAUGCUGCUAUUUAUGAUAAUCUAUGUAAUUGUAUUUCUGUAAACCUGAAUAAACUUACUCAAGUGCAUGUGGCAUCAUAAGUAAGUUUAUUUAGGUAUACACAAAUAAAGUUACAUAGAAUAUCAUACUUAGCAGCAUAUGUUUGGAGAACCUAGGAUAACCCAAAAAAGUCAGACUUGUUUCCAUUAGGGUCCCUGUACCCUGUACCAUAUGGUAUAAUGUACCAUAUGGUACAAUGUACUAUAUGAUACAUUGUACCAUAUGGUACCACUCUACCAUACGAUAUUGUACCAUAUGGCACAAUGGUACCAUGUGGUUCAAAACCAUAGAAUUCGUCAUCUCCACUUCCAUCAGUCUUAGAACUGUAAGUUGUGAAGAGGAGAGUCAGAAUUCGCCCUGAGAGUGAGUGGGGAGUGAGAGCUUCCUUGCUGCCAGGCACAAUGAACAAAGCUACUUUGCCGGUGUUCCCACAAUGCCAUGCGGGCGUCCAGAUUAUUUCUAUGGUGUGCACACUGACCACCCAGACCCAUUCUCUCAGAUGUAGGCCUACCAGCCUUCUUGAGCUAAAUUUGACGUCGCUAGAAUUUUGGCGUAGAUUUAUGGUUUGGACCCUGAACGUAAAGCCAUAGAUCUACGGGAUGGACCCUGAAAGGGUUAACAUAGGCUUAUAUUUCUAAAAAUUGGCAUGUACACUAGUACCACAUUACAUACAAGGAAAACAUGGAAAAGAUAGUCUGCAUACAUCUGUUACUUGGCUAGGUUAGGUUUGUUAGGAAACAGGACAAGUUUCCUGAUGUGGGUCUUAGUCAUAUGAUGACCUGCAGUUGGAGCUUUUGGUCAUCUGGCCAAGGCCUGCUGGCUUCCUGGUCCACCCUUUUAAAAAUUAUGGUUAUGAUUACAACCAUUAGAUAGAUUAGAUACUGUUCCUUUUAUCAUUUACUGUGUGUGUGGGGGGGGGCUGAUGUGAGCCUACUGGGCUGAAGUGAAUGGAACAUGCGAGAGUAGCAUGUCUGUCUUACACUUAGUGGGCCAUUGAUUGAGCCUGCCCCACUCUGUGCUGAAUGACCUACAAUGGGGUCAUUCAGUCAACCAUACCAUGGUUCUUAUGUUGUUGAUGAUGGACAGAUUUAGGUAUUGUACUGUAUUAUGUUUAUGGGAAAGCUAUCAGUAGCUGAUGGUCCUAUUGAAGUGGUCCGGUAUUUAUCUCUGGUCAGUUAUGUCCUACAUUACUUCGUAGAGCUGAUGAUAUGGCAUCAUUGCUUGUUCAGAGCUUUCUUCAGAAUGAUUCUUCUCUCCACAUCAAGAUAAUUCUCAGUGAAAAACCUGUAAAUUAGCAAAUAAAAAUUUUCUCGUAUAUCUCUUGCAGAGAUGACUUUUUCCUCAUU